AUGCUUGGCAGAUCUAGUAGACCGCGCGGGGGCGACAAUGACGCAGGAGUGAGCCAACCACUGCUGCGCGGCUCCGACGAAGACCUCCCAGCCACCGCACACAACAACGUGCUCUUCUCCGUGGACGACGACGCUGAAGACGACGAGGAUGACCUGCCGCUAGCAAGUGCGGAUGGUCUCGUAGACCAAUCGAAGCCAGGCCAUGUCCGCUUUCAGGAGGAAGUCCAGGUGAUAGCGCCUCCGCUACGGUCGACCAUGACGAGCCGAGAGACUGAAUAUGAAAUGGAUACGGACGACCUGGACGCCAUAGCUCUAUCGCAGCUAGAGUCCUCAGCUCAAGACCGCGCAGGUCGCACAGGAAGCCGCCGCUCACGACGAGAACAAACUAUGCCACUGCUCGUGGGGUUGAUGGAUUCAUCCGCUGUUCGAAGAAGCGUGGAUAGCCCAGGAGCCAACUAUAUCUUCGACCAGAAUGUCGACCUUGAGGAGCUCGCAGCCAAGCAGACCGCUGGUGGAGGAAUGCUGGAUUCGGUCGCAAACAUGGCAAACUCAAUAUUGGGCGCAGGCAUCAUAGGCCUCCCGUACGCAGUCCGACAGGCUGGUUUCUUUACGGGUCUCAUUCUGCUACUGGUGCUGUGCGGAGUAACAGACUGGACGAUCCGCCUCAUUGUGGUGAACGCCAAACUCAGUGGUCAGAACUCCUACAUCGGAAUCAUGAACCACUGCUUCGGCCCCAGUGGUAGAGCCGCUGUGUCGUUCUUCCAAUUUGCUUUUGCAUUCGGAGGCAUGUGUGCGUUCGGCAUCAUUAUCGGCGACACAAUCCCACACGUCAUCCGCUCUGUCUUCCCUCACCUAUACAGAGUUCCCGUCCUCAAGCUACUCGUCCAACGACAAUUCGUCAUCGCGCUAUGCACAAUAUGCGUCUCAUACCCACUAUCCCUCUACCGCGACAUCCACAAACUGUCCCGCGCAUCAGGGCUCGCUCUUGUAGGGAUGAUCAUCAUUGUUGUGUCGGUCCUCGUCGAAGGCCCAAACGUCACCCCGGACCUCAAAGGCGAUCAAAGUCUACGAUUCACUUUCCUAGGCGAUAACGUGUUCCGAGCCAUAGGCGUGAUCAGUUUCGCGUUCGUGUGCCACCACAACUCGUUGCUCAUCUACGGUAGCCUGCGCACACCCACGCUCGAUAGGUUCAACAAGGUGACUCAUAUAUCCACCAUCAUCUCUCUGGUUUCGUGUUGCACCCUGGCGAUAUCCGCGUACCUCGUCUUUACCGACAGGACGCAAGGCAACAUAUUGAACAACUUCGGACCUAAUGAUACUCUCAUUAACGUCGCGCGGUUCUGUUUCGGGCUGAACAUGUUCACUACGCUUCCUCUUGAGCUCUUCGUAUGCCGUGAGGUCAUAGAGCAGUACUUCUUCGAAAACGAGCCGUUCCAUAUGCAGCGGCACGUCUUUUUCACCACCGCCGUCCUCUGCUCCGCAAUGAUCAUCUCCAUGAUCACCUGCGACCUCGGCGUCAUGCUCGAGAUCACGGGCGGCGCUUCCGCGACCGCCCUUGCGUUCAUCUUCCCCGCCGCGUGCCUCAUCAAGCUCAGAGCGCCGCAGAAACCUUGGUACGCGCGCGAGAAGCUCCCGGCGGUCGCUUGCGCGGCGUUCGGCGUCGUCGUGCUCUCCAUUUCGCUCUUCCUCGCGCUUGGGAAGGCGUGGACGCCCGCCGGCAAGGCGGUGAUGUGUGUGUAG